AUGUCACAACAGUCAAAGAAGAACGCGGAGCAUAUGGAGUGGGAACAACAGGAGGGAGACGGAAGAAGCAACGGUGGAAGCAAAAGAAUCGCUGAAGAAGGAGGAAAGUGGGGAGACGGGCUGGAACCGGAAAAACAGGAUGUGCUGGAAUCGGCGGAAAAGUCGAGGAAAAGUGCUGCAACUCUGGGAGACGGGAAUUCGACAGAGAAAAAAGCUAGUGUUAGCGUUCGCGAAGUUUGUCGAUAUACGAAAGUAACUGCGCGAGUGAGAGACGUGGUUCUGAAACCGGUGCAACAGUUCGUGGAACAACUGGCGAAGCGGCACAGAGAGCUAGACAGUGGGAAAUGGGAGAGAAUAGUGAUGAGAAUGAUGAGGGAUCAUGGAAUUGAAAAUUUCAGCGAGUUGCAGGCAGCUAUUAGUAUCGCGGGUCGCAAAGAACGAGUAGCAGAUGAGGAAGUGGAGAAAAGUGAUAAUGAGUGGAAAUUGUUGCAGAAAAGUUGGGAGCUCCAAAACGACGAGUUGGGACAACAUUUGGAGAAGGCCAGAGCCGAAGCAGAAGACUUGCAACUACAAUUGGAUGCAGUCCAAAUAGAGAAAGAAAGGUGUGAGAAGGAAGUGGAAAGACUGGAAAGAGCAUGGAAGCUGGAGAGGAAAACGGCGAAGGAACUGCGACAAAUGAUGGAGCAGUCAACAGGUAACGAAAAAAGAGACCAGGAAAGAAGUAAAGUGGUGAUUCAGGAGCGUUACAGGAGGCCCGGAACACAAUCGGUCGAUUCAAGAGGAUCAUCGAGUGCAUGGGCAGAGCCAGAGAGCCAAAAGAGAGGUGAGGCGAAGGGAAACGGAGUUAUGGGAAGAAAGGAAACAGAAAGUGAUUAA